AUGAAGGACCAUCUAGUAGACGAUGCCGAGUCAGAGAUGUUACGAUUCAGGAGGGAGGACAAGAAUUCGGAGGUUCGGAAUGCUGUCCGUGUCAAACUGGUCCACCGGGACCUCCUGGAGAUGAUGGAGAUGACGGAGAGGAUGGUAAUGAUGGGCAAGCUGGAGCACAUGGUCAACCUGGACAAGGUGAAGGAUAUUCAAGCAGUUAUAGAAAAUGAAUCUAACGCUCGAAAUAUUCCAGAUGCUUCCGAUGCUUACUCUGAGGGACAAGCUGCUCCAUGCAUUCGUGAAUGUCCCCCUGGACCUCCAGGGAUUCCUGGUGCACCAGGUGAGAAGGGACCCCGAGGAUAUCCAGGAGAAACUGGAGAACCUGGUACGGCAGGGAAGCCAGGCCAGAAGGGACCUGCUGGGAAACAAGGACCACCAGGGCCACCCGGAUAUCCAGGAAGAGCUGGUGAAAAGGGUGAGAAUGGAAAAACCAUUCCUGGAGAAGCUCCACCUGGACCUCCCGGCAGGCCCGGAGAAAUGGGACCAACUGGUCCACCCGGCCCUCCAGGAGCGAAAGGACAACCAGGAGAACCAGGACCGCCCGGUCCUCAAGGUGAUCAAGGAAAUCCAGGAUCAUAUGGUAAGCCCGGAGCUGUUGGACCUCCUGGUCCUGACGGCAGAGUGGGAGAACGUGGAGGCUGUGAGCACUGCCCUCCACCAAGAACACCUCCUGGAUAUUAA